UGUUGUUUCGUUUCGUUUUCGUUUCGUCCCAUUCAAACUCCAAGCCCCCCCCUCUCCAAUCCCUCGUCGUACCUUUCCCCCCUAAUUUUCCGUCCCAAAGCAUCAAUCACCCCGUCAUUGCUGCUUGUUUCCCCCAAUGAUGGACGGCGGCGAUCCGAGUGCGGCCUCCGUUCAGCACCUGCUCAGCGUCAUUGAGCUGCUGCUGACCCAGCUGGGGACGUACCGCGGCGUGAUUGACGCGCAGCCACUCCCCGCCGCGUCUGCUGGGUCUGCUGGCUCUGCUGUCUCGUCCUCGCUGCGCCGCAGUGUCAGCAGUGGUGCCGCAGGGGUUGCUGGUGCUGCCGCUCGUGGCGCAGGGUCGGCAGCCACGUCCGUCGCCGCGCUCAGCCCCGACGAGGUCGCGCUCGUCCACACCAUCCACAUGCUCUCGCCGCACAACACUGAAGACGUCCGCGGACAGGGUCCACUAUUGCUCGAAGAAUUCCAAGCUGCCAAUCCAGAAGCAUGGCGAAUCGCAUUGUCAUUGUUCAUCAAGGCUGCGCCACAUCCGCACUUUUUCGCUGCGCAUGGAAUUGCUGUCGACCCCGCGUUUAUCGUGGUGAAUACGCUGUCCGUGUUGGAAGCCAUCAUUCGCUCGCGAUAUAUGAUCAUGACACCAGAGGAGCAAGACACACUGCGCCUCGUGACAUUCGCCUGGCUGGCGCAAGUGUUUGGCUUUAUUUUCGAAGACGUUCCAUUGUUUCUGCGAACAAAGUUUGCAGAGGUGCUGGUGGUCAUCUUUCGUGAGGAGUUUCCCUCGCGCUGGCCGUCCUUCUUCUCGGACAUUCUUUGCCUUUCACCUCUCACGGCGCAGUGCAUGGCGGUGGGCCAAAUGACGCCCCCGCUCGUCGCCAACCAGCUUCCCAUUACAGGUGCCAUCACGGCUGCACCAGUCACCCCUGGUGGGACACCUGUGGCGUCCACGCUCGCCAACACGGUCGAAACUCAAAUGGCCCAUCUCGACAUGGUGGUUCGCAUUCUCAACCAGGUCGAUCUCGAAAUUGUCAACCGCGACCUCAACCGCACCGAUCAAGACAUUGCGCAAAACACCUCCAUCAAGGACGCCAUGCGCGCGUCGUCGGUCGAGGCCAUCGUUGAGCUCUUUUACCACUUGCUCACCAAUAACGAAUUUUUCGCCCAGCCAGCCACCGCCGACGUGCUGCCCACCACUCUGGAGGUGAUGACCAACUACAUUCCGUGGAUUGACAUCAACCUGGUGGUGCCGCGCUUUGUCGACAUUUUCACCCGCUUCUUGUUCCAGCCGGCGCUCGCAGAAAAGGCCUGCGCCGGAUUUGAGCGCAUUGUGAGCAAGGGCAUUGCAGAUCCCGCCGUCAAGCUCACCUUGAUCCAGUCGAUUGGCGUCAUUCCUGCCAUCCAUGCCGUUUCGAGCAAAAUUGCGCGAGAUAUCGAGUCUGGCGAAACGACCGACGAAGAGCAAGUGGAUCUCCUGAUUGCCUUGGCCGAGCUCGUCGAGUCUGUCGGCACGCAACUCGUGUCCAACCUCACCAAAUGCCAGCAAGGAAUCAUGCUGUUGAACCUUGAUGUUGAAAUCCUGCAGCAAGGCAUCGUGCUGGCGCACGAGUUGCUCUUCCAGAUUGCGCCCAUCAUGCUCGGAUUUUUGGGCCACAGCGACGAUGAUGUCUCGACGCGCGUCACUGAGUUUGCCUCGCAGUUUGUGCGCCUGCAAGAGUCGGACAAGGUUGUCAGCGACAUGUUGAGCAUUGUUGUGGUCAAGAUGCAGUACGAGCCCGACCACAACUUUGAGCAUGGUGGCGACGACGAGCUCAACAUGUACGAGCUUCGCAAGAACAUGAAGCAGCUGUUUGACACGAUUCGCUCCGUUAGCCCCGAAAUCGUCCUGGCAUACGUCCACGACGUUGUUUUGCACAAUGUGAACAACUGGCGCAACGUGCCCUUCCAAGACGUGGAGGUGGCAUUGCUGUUGAUGCAGUAUUUGGCCGAGUCUGUUGCCAAGGAAAUGUUCAACGAACCCCACUCUGUUCUUGGAGGCGGCGGCAGCACCAGUGGCUCGAACACGUCGAACGGCGGUUCUGGUUCGGCCAGCUUGACGCCCUCAGGCUCCAACGUGGAGGCAGCUGCCCUCUUCGGCACAUCGCCAGGCAACGUCGAUGGCGCCGGCUUUAUGAACGGACACGCCAAGCAGCAGCAGCAGCAGCAGCAGCAGCAGCAACAGCAGCAACUACAACAACAGCAGAGCAAGCGCAGUCAAAAGCGCAACCCCCAGCAGUCCCAAACACAAGCGGCACCAGUGGACGCCGCUACUGCCACGGCGCUGUUGCAGCAGUACAACCUGGCGUUUGCCUCGAUGAUGACUGUGCUGAUGACAACGGAUGUCGCCUCAUACGACCACCCCAUUGUUGUUUCUGCCUUCAUCGAGACCAUGUACAAGUUCCGACGUUUCUUCCGUCUGGAGCCGCAGUACUUGCCAGCUGCACUGACCAUUUUCCUCGACCGGCGCGGCAUUCGCCACCCACAGCGCGGUCAUCGCGGGCGCGCUGCCUAUCUUUUCAGCCAGUUUGUGCGGGAUUUGCGCUCGCUUUCAGGCCCUUACGUCGAGUUGGUUCUCGACAGCAUUCGCGACAUUAUGCAAGUGCAGCCAGACUCGAUGCUGGCGUCCUCGCAACCCGCGUCGCCAAUCGCAUCUCGACGUCCAGCCGCUUUCUUUGUCGAUUUGCCCCCAGCCGAAUCCUCUAACGGCGUUGCGCUCGCUGACCAGCUCUAUUGCUACGAGGCUAUUGGGUACAUGGUGAGUGCCGAGACCGUCCCUCCCAAGCAGCAGCUCGAGAUUCUCCAAUCCAUCAUUGAGCCCAUGCUUGCAGGGUUUGUCAGUGCUUUUGACCAGCAACUCUUCCUGUCGGAUCCGCUCGAGGCCCCCUUGUACACCUUCUACUUUGGGCAAGUCGUGCAGGCCAUCACCCACUUGUCCAAGGGCUUUUCGAGCUCCAGCCACGUGCGUGCUGCGGGCAUUGAUGCCCUCUUCAUCGAGACGCUGCGCACCGUGUCGCGGGUUUUCAAGCUCCCGCACUGCCAGGAUUAUCUGCGCCAGGCGCUGCGCCAAUUCGUGCAUCGCAUGGUGGCUUGCUUGGGCGAGGGUUUGCUUCCGUUCGUUCCCGACCUCAUUGCAGGGUUUGUCGAGGGCUCGCGUCCCAAAGAUCUGGCCGAGUUUAUUGAUUUGUUCAAUCAAUUCAUGAGCGAGUACACGACAAAACUCGAGAAUGUCUUGAACGAUGCCUUCCUGCCUGUUGUGACGCGUAUUUUUGCAUUGCUGGAGGUCCAGGCCGACACCAGCGAUCCGGAUGUGCGACAGGAGCGCAGUACUCUUUACCGCAAAUAUUUCUCGCUGCUCAAGCAAGUCAUGUCUGGAGACUUGGUGAAUGUCUUCCUCUCAUCAGCCAACAUUGACAGCUUGACUCAGCUCUUGUCAACUUUGAUUCGUGGCAGCGGCGACUUGUCGGACCCCGAGGUGCAAAAGAGCAGUCUUGCAGCGCUAGUGCGAGCCAUUGAAUGUUGGUGCAAUGCUGCUGACGGCACUGGAGGCGUGGCUGGCUUCAACCAAUUCGUCUUUGACCAAGUCGUCCCUACCUGUUUUGGAGUCUGCAGUUCGCCAUCGUUCAACUUUGCCGACGGCCAAUCUAUUCUGGUUGUGCAGAACAUUGCGCAGGUCGUCCGCGCCAUCCUGACCCGCCUUGGCCAAGAGUUCAUCCAGUACCUCACGACUGUCUUCUUCCCUUCUUCUGGCCUCCCGUACGACUUCCAGCAACACUUUGUCCAAACCCUAAUGGCCGCCUAUACAAUGGCUCCUGCCGAUGCUUUGAAAGCCAUCAAGGCCGCUCUGAUGCUCCUGGAUCCGAAGCGCCGCACUCAAUGAAGUGUGUGUUGUGGCGAGCGGUCUUUCAAACCACAGCAACAACAACAAGAACAACACCCCCACUACGACCACCACCAGAGGUUUCAUUGAGCCAGGAUUCUCCAUCUCUUUUAAAAUUGAUCAAAACAAAUCUCCACUUGAUUCAUCUUAACAUGUAAUAAUACAAUGAAAAAUAUACCAGUUGAUAUCG